AUGAGCGUCGACGCGCCGCGCUGGGCGCGAAAUGGACGUGCCGAUGCCGUUCGUCCAUCCAUCAGCUGUGGGCCCCAGGUCAACGGCGAAAGAAUCGAUAAUCCGGCUUUCCCUGGCCUCGGUGAAUUCGCGCAAAUCGAGCGCCGUCAGGGAGGCGUCCCGCUGUGGUACGAGUGCCCUUUCACAUACACAAUUCUCAGCCACAGCUCCAAUACG